AUCUAGUCUAAAAUACGUACUCUUCUUUUAUGGACUACAGCAGUGCAUUUUGCAGACUAGCAGAGAUAAUAAAAUAAUUAUUAUGUAUUACACUGCAACAUACUGCACACUUCCGGAAUCGGGGUAUCAAAGAGUUUAUCUGGAUGCUAGUUAGCAUCCUAGCUAGCGAAGCGCAGUUAGGUUUUGCAGUUCUUCCGUUUCAGAGUUGAAUUUCGGUCGGCUUUUUAACGCAUUUUAUUUUAGAGUUUGUUAGCGCUAGGUGUUAAGGGUGGAAGUACAGUAAGGAAGGUUGGUAGAGAUCUAAUAAACUAAAGAAAAAAUAUAUACAGAGCUUGAGACUGGAGCUAGCUUCGUUAGCUUGUUUACUAGCUUAGUUGCUAACGCGGAGUAGCUCAGUUUGUCUGUUUUAGCUAGUUAGCCGUUAGCUGAGGUUUACAGGGUGCGCUAUGAAGGUGCGUUAGGAAAUUGUGUCUCCCUCACUGCGAUGAUCUGGUCCAAGCAGAAUUGUGUGUGUGUUUUUUUUUUUUUUGUUUGUUUUUUUUUAUGCUCCUAUGUAGGUAUUAUGGCUAGAGACAUUCAAGAGAGAAAGAGAGGAUCAAAAGGACAGUAUGGCCGCCACAGUCGCUGUCAGUCCCAGUGAAUAUCUUCAGCCCUCAACGACCACCUCUCAAGAUUCUCAGCCAUCACCUUUGGCCCUCCUGGCUGCCACUUGCAGUAAGAUUGGCCCACCAGCUGCCCAAGCUCCGGCCAGCACGCCUCCAGCCCAGCCAACUACGCGCCGCCUUCACCCUAUCAAACCUGCUCCCAUCGCUCCGGCGCCACCCAAAAACCUGGGCUUUCUGUCAGCCAAAGGAAAUAUCAUCCAGCUCCCUGCAGGCUUGGGUUCUUCAGGAACCAGUCCCAUCCUCUUAACAAUCCAGCCUCCAACUCGCCCAACAAGUACAAAUGCUGCCAACAUUCAGUACCAAGUGGUGCCCCAGAUCCAGGGAGCUCAGACCAUUCAGAUGGUACCCCAGGGUGGACAGAUCCAGAUUAUCCCUGGGACCAACCAGGCUAUCAUCACCUCACCUGUUACAAUGCAGGCUGCUACUCCCACUCCUGCCCAGAAGACAAUACCCAUCAAGCCAUCCACGCAGAAGCGGAGACAGAACAGCAGUAACGUUGCACCCAGCACUAACAUUGUGCGUCUGCCUAGUGGACUUGCUCUGCCCCUCAAUGUUGCUACAGGUGAAGUGGGUGCAACUCAGAUUGUCACAGAGUCGGCAGCUCCAUCACCUCGGCCAGUGAAGGGAAAGAGGGGGCGGAAGAGACUGGCUGCUGUAGUUGCUCCUGCUCCUCCGCCAGCCUCACCUCCACCUAUUGCUGAACAGGUGGAAACAGUGCUGAUAGAAACAACAGCUGAUAACAUCAUUCAGGCAGGGAACAAUCUCCUGAUUGUGCAGAGUCCAGGAGGGAGCCAGCCUGUGGUACAGCAGGUGCAGUUGGUUCAGCAGAAAUCAGAUCAGCAGGUGGUGCAGAUACCACCCCAGGCUCUAAAAGUGGUACAAGCUGCUUCAGCGACACUCCCCCCUGUACCCCAGCGAGUGCCAUCCACCCCCAGUGUGCAGGUUGCUCCCUCAGAACCCACACAGGUAUUGAUUAAAACAGCUUCAGGUGAAUGGCAGGCAGUACAGCUUCAGGAGACUAUCGUAACCACUCCAACUACACCCACUGCUACUCCCAUCCCACCAGCAGGCAUAAGUAAGAAAGGCCACCCGGGGGCACGGAAAGAGAGGACCCUUGCCAAGAUCGCUCCUGCUGGUGGAGGUCUGAUAACGCUUAAUGCGGCACAGCUCACUUCAGCAGCUCAAGCCGUGCAGACCAUUAAUAUCAACGGGGUUCAAGUCCAAGGAGUUCCUGUCACCAUCACCAAUUCAGGGGGACAGCAACACCUGACGGUACAGACGGUUCAGGGCGGUGGGCUUCAGCUGGGCAGCGUUCAGACACAGGAGCAGCCGCUGAAGAUGGAACAGACGCUUACGCUUGAGCUUCAGAGCCAACCAGGAGAGAAGAAAAGGCGCAUGGCCUGUACCUGUCCCAACUGCAAAGACGCAGAGAAAAGGCCUGGCGAGGUUGGGAAGAGAAAGCAUAUCUGCCACAUAGCGGGCUGUGGGAAGACCUUCCGGAAGACGUCGCUGCUGCGAGCACACGUGCGGCUGCAUACGGGAGAGCGGCCUUUUACCUGCAGCUGGGUUUUCUGUGGGAAGAGCUUUACACGCAGUGACGAACUGCAGAGACAUGCCAGGACACAUACAGGAGACAAGCGCUUCGAAUGCUCCAAGUGUCAGAAACGAUUCAUGCGGAGCGACCACCUCACAAAGCAUUACAAAACUCACCUAAACACAAAGAACUUGUGAACAUAAACUGCCUGAAGGUUUCAACAAAACUCUUAAAGAACAUCUUUCCCUGAGAAGAAGCAGGGAUAGAGUCAGGGUGUUAUUGGAGGAAAAUCUCUCCCCUCAUCUAACUUGGACACAGCGUGUUCUAGUCCAGGCUCUGCUGUAGUCGAUUCAGACGAGCCCACACUCCUUAUGUGUCGCAUUUGCAACUCCAUCUCGUUUGUCAUAGAAGGGCUGGCCGUGUGUCGAAGGAUCCAGGAAGAAACCCUGGAUGUGUAGUUUGGGUCGAGUUUUUCUUCCUUAGCAGGAAACAGAACAUGUGUAUCUCAGACAUGAAUUGCAGCACCAACAACUACUCCAGCCAAGAAGCUCUGCUUUUCUUCAUGUUAUACAUUUUAGAGCAGUUUUAUGUGUUUUAUUUUGUCGAGCCUUUUGACUGGUGUGUAGCAGCUCAUGGACAACUUUUAUUAUGUAAAUGUUUGCCUAUAUUCAGACAUAUAUUUGUACAUAUGAAAAAUGCUUGGACUUGCUCUAUACCCCAGCCAAGGUGUUUGUUUUUUGUUGUUGUUUUUUUGUUUGUUUUUGUCCAUUUGUUUUUUCCUCAGAAUUGGAAAGUUUGAAAUACUCUAACCCUCCUUAAUUAACAUCUGUUUAGAAUUAAUUAUAUAUUUGCUGUGAUUGGACAAUCAUGUCUUGAGUGUGGAAGAACAGUUAAUGGAGGCCAGUUAAGAAGUAAUUGAUUAAAAACUGCAGAAAGGUAUACAGAAGAAUGCUGUAUUUAAAAGACAAAAAUAGCCUAGCCGUGUAAUUAUUUAGAUUAUAUGUUUUGGACAUUUUAGAGUUGAUUAUAGAAUCUGAUAUUCAGAUGGCAAAGUGGUGAACGAGGUACAGAUUUGUUACCUGUGACUGUAGAAAUAUGGACUUACCUUUCUGAUCGCAGGACACAGAAAUAGGAAAUUAACUUAAUGACUUACCCAAGUACAAUUAGAAUACAGUACAAUUUCCAACAUUUCAAAGAAUUCCUUUGGGAAUCAUCCUGAGAAAUAACCAGGAGUUCAGCAAUUUAUUUCUUCCCAGGUCUUUUAUCGAAGUUUAAUUUCCAGAUUCUGCUUUAAAAGGAGAAAAUGUUUGUGCAUAGGUAUGUUUGUGUUGUGUCUCUGAAUACAUGCGGAUGUAUCUUAGAGCGCACAAAAUGUGGGAUAUUUGUUACACAAACGGGUGGAUCGGCUUCUCUGGCCAAACCUGAAGAAUAAGGACUAUAUGUGUAUAUUGUAAAUGAGCAAAAAAGAGACACUGUAUAGUUUCAUUCCUGUACGACACAAGCCUAUUAGAUGACCCUUUUUAUCAAUUUAAAUGUUGCCUUAGAAAGCUUCACUCCCUAUUUAAAGAGAUUUCUGUCUAAUUAAAUGGAAUUGCAUUUGUAGAUUUGCUUUAUCUUUUGUCUAACUUGUAUUAUAAAAUGCCAACUUUAUGUGCACUGACCAAAUUCAGGGUUUUUACUUUACUAGUUCAAUUUAGUAUUAUUUUCAUCAAAUGUUAUUGGUUGUCAGAAUUAAAAAAGGAAAUCCCUAUUUUUAUCUUUCAUAGAUAAAUCCUACACCUGAAGUCCCUGUCUCUGAAAUGGCUAACUAUUUCUAUAAUAAUGGAGGUGCUUAAGCAGGAGAGCUUGCUACCUUUUCUACAGUCAGUUCAUCUUCCCCAAACUGACAAUAAAGCAUUCAAAUGUCUUGUCUGUCACCACGUGUCACUGCAAUACCUGUUAAAAAAAAAAAAAACUUACUGACUUUUUUGCA